UUCAGCGCCCGCCGAAAUUCGGAUCUUCACUGACGGAAGCUUCCCCGCUGGCUUUGCCUUGAAGCUGUACUGCCGGACCCAGCCAGAACCACCCCGGGACUCGGGAACGAAGCCAGCCGCCAAGAAGAGAAUGGGGGAUAAGCCUUAUCGGGACUGCUCCGUCUCUUUGCUGCGGCUCCAUUCCACAGACUCUCCCCACCGCCUAGGUUUGACUCAGUCCAACGCCUCCCAUCCACUCGGCAGCUCCUAUGCCCGCGGCAACGUCAAAGACUGUGGUGCCAAAGCGGGACAGCGGAGAGCCCUGGAGGUCAAGGCGGGAGACCCCUCGCCCCCGGCCAAGAGCUUUGACCCCUCCUGGCGGGCCCGCUUCCUCAUGGACUUCGACACCGUCACCGGCCAGCUGGUGUGCAUGGUCUGUGAGAACGCCUUGCGCCAAGUGUGCCUGGCCACCGUCAAGCAGCACAUCCUCCAGUGCCACGCCGAGACCCUCCACUUGCCCCGCGAGGUCCGCCGCACCAUCCGGGAGGUCUGGGAGUCCCGGGGACACUCCCCCACUCCGCCCCUGCAGAAAUGAAGGGCCGACUGGACUCUUUCCUAACCCGCUGGCCUCUGGGAUUGUGGGGAAAAUGAAUGAUCUAUCCUGCAUAGCGCAGUCUGAGGCUGGAGGAGAAGGCGACGGCAUCCAUUGUCGAACUGGGCCUGUAACCCUUUGGGGUGUCUGUGCAGUUGUCGGAUUACCUGUAUGUAGGUUUCCAGAUCCGUUCUGUCUCUCUCUCUCUCUCUCUCCCUGUCUCAAUCGUUGCAAAAUUGUAAGAUGGGGCAGCAGUAGUGGUUUCCCCUACCCCCUAUCUUCUCACCCGCCGAUCUCCCCCUCUUUCUGCUCCUGCCCUCCUCGAGUCCAGCAGGCAGGGCAAGUCCCACAGAGCAGAGAAGCCGGAGCUGCCCUCGUCACCCGCAUGGAGGCGAAUUUAAAACCUCGGAUGAAUUCUUCGGACCGCACCGCAACCCCCUUCUCGCUCUGACCCUGGGAAACUGUGCUUCUGUGUCUCCCCACGAAGAAAUCGGGGGGAGGAGGGGGCAGCGCCGGUUAGGAGUGGCCUUUCGAACCGACAAUUGUAACCAGUCGGUUCCGCAAACGCGCAGCAGGGGGGCCAGCCAGUGGUUCCCCAUUUCCUGCAUCAAGCAAUAACCAGCCUCUUGCAUUCGCAAUAAUCUCUCUCCCAGUUUGCCUCCCGCCCGCCCCCAACAUUCCCCUGACCCCAGAGCUAGCGCCGCGCAUCAAUUUGUAGCUGUGACUGGGCACCCUGUCUCGUGCCCGACUGUGACCUUUUCUUUUGUAGACUGUUUCAC